CAGUGCUGAAGCUGCUGAAAGAUGGCGGAAGAAGUGGUGGUUGUAGCCAAAUUUGAUUAUGUAGCCCAACAAGAGCAAGAACUGGACAUCAAGAAGAAUGAAAGAUUAUGGCUUCUGGAUGAUUCUAAGUCCUGGUGGCGAGUUCGAAAUUCCAUGAAUAAAACAGGUUUUGUGCCUUCUAACUAUGUGGAAAGGAAAAACAGUGCUCGGAAAGCAUCUAUUGUGAAAAACCUCAAGGAUACAUUAGGCAUUGGAAAAGUAAAAAGAAAACCUAGUGUGCCAGACUCUGCAUCUCCUGCUGAUGACAGCUUUGUCGACCCAGGGGAACGUCUCUAUGACCUUAACAUGCCUGCUUAUGUGAAGUUUAACUACAUGGCUGAGAGAGAAGAUGAGUUAUCUUUGAUAAAAGGCACGAAGGUGAUCGUCAUGGAGAAAUGUAGUGAUGGGUGGUGGCGAGGAAGCUACAAUGGACAAGUUGGAUGGUUCCCUUCAAACUAUGUAACUGAAGAAGGUGAUAGUCCUUUGGGUGACCAUGUAGGUUCCCUAUCAGAGAAAUUAGCAGCUGUCGUCAAUAACCUAAAUACUGGGCAAGUGUUGCAUGUUGUACAGGCUCUUUACCCAUUCAGCUCAUCCAAUGAUGAAGAACUUAAUUUUGAGAAAGGAGAUAUAAUGGAUGUUAUUGAAAAACCUGAAAAUGACCCUGAGUGGUGGAAAUGCAGGAAGAUCAAUGGAAUGAUUGGUCUGGUGCCAAAAAACUAUGUUACCAUUAUGCAGAAUAAUCCAUUAACCUCUGGUUUGGAACCAUCACCUCCACAGUGUGACUACAUUAGGCCUUCACUCACCGGAAAGUUUGCUGGCAAUCCAUGGUAUUAUGGGAAAGUCACCAGGCAUCAAGCGGAAAUAGCAUUAAAUGAAAGAGGGCAUGAAGGAGAUUUCCUCAUUCGUGAUAGUGAAUCUUCGCCAAAUGAUUUCUCAGUAUCACUAAAAGCACAAGGGAAAAACAAGCAUUUUAAAGUCCAACUGAAAGAGACUGUCUACUGCAUUGGGCAGCGUAAAUUCAGCACCAUGGAAGAACUUGUAGAACAUUACAAAAAGGCACCAAUUUUUACAAGUGAACAAGGAGAAAAAUUAUAUCUUGUAAAGCAUUUAUCAUGAUACUGCUGACCAGAAGUGACUGCUGCACAGCUUUAAUUUGUCAUAUAAUUGAAGACUCAGAAAAUGUCUUUCCAAUCAUGCUUGAUUGGAUGUUACUGUUUCUAACUCUAUAUGAAAAUUGACUAAAGUACAUACAUAUUUUUAUUAUAACUCAGCACAUACAUAUAUACUUUGUAUGCAGAGCAUCUGCAUAAAGCAGUUGCUUAAUUCUUAGUCUACUUAAUUGUUUUGCUGUUUUUCUCUUUACUUCUAAUAGUAACCUUUUAUAUUUUGAAAAAAAUCAAAUAAUACAGAUCAUAAGUCUUUACAUGGAAGAAUUUCUUCAUUGCCUUUCCUUUAUUACCUUGCAAGGGCACCCUAUUAAUUGGGUUUCCUACCAUGGUUUUCCUUCAUACAAAAUUCUUAUAUCUAUAUAUGACAUAUGCUAAAAUAAAAAUCUUGGAGAGUGUUAAUCUUUACUGUGACUGAAUAGCAAUAAUAAAUGGCAAAGUAGAAUUAUUUCCAGGCAUUGUAUUUAUCACAGGUCAUUGUAAAUACCCAAUAUGUCAUGUCUGCCAUUAUUUUAAAAAUUCAUUCAUUGUCUUCAGUGUGAAGUAAAACAGAUUGGAUGGAGAUUGGAAAACAUCUUGUACAAUAUUAAU